GCCUCACUUAACCCCGCCCCUUGCGCCACAAGCCCCUUGAUUGGCCAGCCUGCUUCAACCCGCCCCCCCCUCACGACUCCACCACAGCUGCUGACCAAAAGCUGUCUUUACAGGGGCAACUUUUCCUAUAAAGGCUCAACGAUGAGUCACUUCAAGGAGCGAUUUGUGACUUUGCUCCAUGAGAAGAACUUUGUCACCGACCAGCUGGCGAAGCUGGAGCAAAAAACGGGAAUGAAACGAGAAUAUAUCGUCUUGGGUGUCUUGGGUUUGGUGGGACUCUAUCUUCUCUUCGGCUACGGAGCGUCCUUGCUAUGCAACCUCAUCGGCUUCAUCUAUCCGGCGUACUUUUCUAUCAAAGCCAUCGAGAGCACGGUGAAGGAAGACGACACCCAGUGGCUCACCUACUGGGUGGUCUACGGACUCUUCAGCGUCGUGGAGGCCUUCGCCGAUAUCUUCCUCUUCUGGUUUCCCUUUUACUACGCCGGGAAGUGCGCCUUCCUCAUCUGGUGUAUGGCUCCCAUCACAUGGAACGGCUCGGACAUCUUGUACAAGCGCCUCAUCCGGCCCUUCUUCCUGAAACACCAGGCCGCCAUGGACGGCGUGGUGAGCGACCUGAGCGCCAAGGCCAAGAGCGUGUCGGAGAGCGUCACGCAGGAGGCUGUUAAUCGGGCUCUGAACCACAACAAGGACCAGUGAGGAUCUUGGGAACACUAGUUUGUGUGAGAACGUGUGUAUGAGUGUAAGAAAAUAUGUAUGUUUUUAUUUGCCCAAAAAAAAGAAACAACUUUGACACUUUACUGCCAUGGGUACGAUCCGCAUCACACUCCCGCAAGAUGUUGUGCAUUACUGAGCCAUGUCACUUUGGAAUCUAAACCACCCUGUGAUGAAAAUAAAUAAUGCCACAUUGGUGUUCCGUUUCCAAGCACAGCUCGCACAUUUUUUUUUAGUCUCUCCCAUCUGUCAAGUGAUUAUGAAGGUGUAAUAAA